AUGAUUCAGCACCGAGCACUCUCACGCAAUCCGACCUUCUACGCCGCCCAAUGCAAUAUAAUCGGCGCCAUGCUAAUCAACGCCAAUCUAAUGGGUCUUACAAUCGACCUUCUCCACGAAGACCUUGCGUCACAAUUCAAUCUGGUCGGUCCAUCAACGCUCCACCUCCCACCAAGCCUGCAUCCAUCCCAGAAGCAACGGAAAAUCAUCCACCACCCCUGGAUCGAUUUGAUCCCAGUGUUAUCCCUACGGGAAGCUAUCCUGGCUAGGACAGACGAAAUCGACGAAGAUGAACUCUGCUGCGACUUUUACGAGAGUGAGUUGGAAGAGGUCGGGCUUCGCGUUUGGGGCGAAUCUUGGGAUCCAGCUGCAUAUGAGGUUUCGGAGACUUUGCUCAGGAAAUGGAGUUGGAUUGUACGGGAUUGUCCGGAGAUAAUUGAGUCUUCUAAUUACUGGAGGAAACGACGGGGGGAGGAGCCUAUCGUGUUUACAAGAAGUGAUAUCUCAACCUCUGUAUAA